GAGAGGGACUGUGAAAUUAAGAUGUAAGGAUCAGUCUUAGGAUCCAGCUGCGACAAAGCGUUGUAAAAUAACUCUUAAGAAGAAAGGGGGAAAAAAAAAAAAAGAGAGCAACAGAGAGCAAAUCCUAAGAUGAUUCAUCAUCACUUCAGGGGCUCUAGAUACAAAUUAAGCAGUUUGUACAGUCAUCAUUGUGCCUUGUAGCAAUAAAUAGUACAACAAAGGACAACAAAUUCUGACCAAGGAAAGUUGGAAACAAUUAUUCUCUCUAAACAAAUACAAGACUAAUGUAUUAAAAUCAGUGUAAUUCAUUAUGAAACCUCCGUGUAUCUCUCUCUCAUUCACACCUACCUACCUACCUUAUUACUGUACACCUGAUGAGGAAGGUUAAAAAAAUAAUCACAAGCUACAAAGUAGUUAUUCUGCAGGCAAACUUUACAAACUGUUGGAUGAUACAGAUGCUGUCAAACACAGCUACUUUACCUAACAAACAGUAGGCAAAUUUCACAAGCCCAGUACCAACCCUUAGUCGUUCCAGUGGAGAAACAGCUUGAAAUGUUUUCCAAAUUCUGACAGGGGAGGAUGAAACAUGACACACGCCAAAGCAGUUUAAUAAUCACCUUUUCGUACUGGACUUUCCAGGACGACUAUGGAAAUGCCCUGACGUACAGACGUGUGCUGGGUCGCCCCUCCCUGACAAAGCCGUCAGGAGUAAACACGGGACUGCAGCCAAUAGAGAUGAAGUCGACUGUUUCAGACCUGCACUUGAAGUUUGCAGAGAAGACCUGGAAUGAGACGUUUCAGCUUGUACGCAGAUGCAUGGAGAAACCCAGAGAUGAAUCCAAACCCUGUGAGCCACUGGUUAGAUCCCUGGAAAGACUCCAGGAAGCCUUUAAUGUGUCUUCUAUACACACCAUGAGAUCUCGUCUGGAAAUGAUAGCCAAACAUCAAAGGAUGGGCUUUCACAUUACUGAUGCCACAUGCUACCUGACGGCCGACCUGUUCUACUUGGAGGUGGUGUUGCUGCCAUGUGGAGGGGUGGAGGAAGUAAAGGUGGCUCCACACGGAGCACCUGCUGUUGCCAGUGAGCACCUUCUGCAGCUGCUGAGGUUAAACAAUUUUGAUGACUUUUCGAGGAAACUGGAAGGACUCUUCAACCAGUAUAACAUCCCUGGAGACAAUGAAGUGAAACUUAAACUGUUUACAUCUCUACAAUGUCUGGGGAAAGACUUGGAGCAAGUAUCACAUCUCACAAGGCUACCAGAGGACCGUGGCCUCCAAAUGGAUGUGAUUAACAACGGCCAGAUUGGGCGUCUAAUAGCUGGAAAAGAAGAUUAUCCUUUGAUCAUUCAGUUCUAUAUUGCCCCAAGCGAUUUAAAGACAACUUCAGAUUCAUCGCCAACAGAUGGGGACGCAGUCAUUCAGACGGCCCAGAUCACUGUAGGUGUCCAGAAUGAGACUCACAGGCUUCAGAUGGCUUCUGUGAUCCCACAGCCUCCACAGCUGGAUCCCCAGGGCGACCCUGUGCUGCUGAUGGUGAAUGAGGUGCAGAGUGAGGCCCUGCCUGCCUGCUUCCUGCUCCGACUGCAGCCGGCCGUGCCAGUGACGGGGCCUCUAAUGAAGAAGCUCAGCCAAGUUACAGAUGUGGUCAUACCAGAUGUUGACCUGCAGUGGGCGCCUUUGUCCAAACUGCUGAUGAGAGGUUCACUGGGUGCCAGCAGCGUCACGCAGACAUUAGAUGGACAGGAUGCUAUAUUUAAAGUGUGUCUUCCUGGUGUAACGCACAGUUACAUUUUUCCUGAAUCUGCCUGGGGAGCUCCUGGUCACAGAGGGACGGUGAUAGAGAGCGUUCCCUUCACCCACCCUGCUCAAGUACCGGCACUGCUGGAGCUGCUCCGCCAACAGUGUGCCCUCAACGCCCUGCUGAGCAGCUGUAUCACUUCUCAGCGUGUCAGUUCAGGAUCGGUCUGUGACCUGCACUGCGAAGUCCUUCCAUUCUCAGAAACCAGCUUCUCUGUGACCUUCCAGCAUCCUGACGCCGACGCUCUCAGUGUUUUGAUGGUGAACGUGCCGGACUCUCGCCAGAUUAAAUGCAGCCUGUUUGGAGCAGGAAAAACGUGUCCGUCUGUAGAUGAAUGCGCCACCACUGUAAUGAAGACGUGCAUGUCCAUUCCUGGGACCUUGAGGGCAUUAUGCAUUAAGCUGUCAGCUUCCCCACAUCUUGUCACCACAGACACCAAAAGUGACCACUCAUCUGUGACUGAGGAUCUUUUUGCAGUGUCUCCUUCAUCUUCUGUCGAGUCUGUCGUCAAACCUGAUUUUCCUGGACUAAAUACAAGUGGUGGUGUCAGCCGGAACUCAUUCAGUGCCGUUGAUCCACUUUCAGAGUGGACAGGCAGUGAUGACUCUCUGUCUGAUAUGAUUUAAAGUCCUAAAUAAUAGAUAAUGUUACUUUAAAAUAUAAAAUAAAGCAGCCAUGUCUACAUUUUCA